UGAAAAAAAUGUGUCCAAAAUUUAUAUUUGCUCACAUCACUUUGAUUUACCUAAUAACACUGAAAAGAGAUUACCUCCUGGGGCUAUACCCACUGUACAAAUAACUGUACCAAAUCAAUCAGUUGAAUUAUCAAAUGCAUCAACAAUGAGAAGUACUACAGUGAAUACGUCGAAAUCAUUUGAAGUAAACAUCUUCAAUGCUGAUGUAAUGGAUUGUGCUAACGCUGUUCAUUCAAUAUCGGAAGCUUUAACUUAUCAUUCAUUGCCAAUAAUAGAAAAUACUAGUGCGUCAAAUUCAUGUGAAGAAAAUAUUACAUCUCCAAUUGUAUCUAAUGAAAUAGAUUUUGAUGAUGAAGUUCAGCCAAUAUCCGAAGUUUCCACUUAUUAUCCAUCUUGUGAAGAGAACAUUUCUCCUCCUCGAAAGAAACGUAUGUUUGCAGAGCCAAGAUAUAUCUCAGAAAUUAAUACUAGUAACGUUAGCACACCGAGAAGAGCGAGAAGAGUAAUCAGUUUUAUUAAACAAAAGGAUAAAAAGAAAAGUGAACAAAUUAAAUCUAUACAAGAUGAAAACAGAAGACUUCGAAAGAGAAUUGUUACAUUGUAAGAACUAGUAUCUCAUUUGAAAGAAUCAAAAUUAAUUUCUGAAGAUGCUGCAGAUAAUUUAAUAGUAUGUUAUGGAUAAU